AUGGAAACCUACCGAAAAACACACCCUUUAAUUAAAAUUGCUAACGAUGCACUAGUUGACCUACCAGCCCCCUCCAACAUUUCAGUAUGAUGAAAUUUUGGCUCAUUACUAGGGCUGUGUUUGAUUACUCAAAUUCUUACAGGACUAUUCCUAGCUAUACAUUAUACAUCUGAUAUCACUACUGCUUUUUCAUCCGUAGCUCACAUCUGCCGAGAUGUAAAUUAUGGAUGACUUAUCCGAAACAUCCAUGCCAACGGAGCAUCAUUCUUCUUUAUUUGCAUUUAUAUUCAUAUUGCGCGAGGACUAUACUACGGAUCAUACCUCUAUAAAAGAAACCUGAACAUCGGAGUUGUUCUUCUACUUUUAGUUAUAAUAACAGCAUUCGUAGGUUAUGUCCUCCCAUGAGGACAAAUAUCCUUCUGAGGGGCUACAGUAAUUACUAAUCUUCUAUCCGCAGUUCCCUAUGUAGGAAAUACUUUGGUUCAAUGAAUCUGGGGAGGGUUCUCAGUAGAUAAUGCAACAUUAACACGAUUCUUUGCCUUCCACUUCCUCCUGCCAUUUAUUAUUGCUGCAGCCACCAUCCUCCAUCUUCUGUUUCUUCAUGAAACAGGCUCAAACAACCCCAUAGGACUUAACUCGGACGCAGACAAAGUUUCAUUCCACCCCUACUUCUCUUAUAAAGACCUACUCGGAUUUGCAGUAGUUCUGCUUGCCCUCACAUCCUUGUCGUUGUUCUCCCCCAAUCUCCUAGGAGACCCAGACAAUUUUACCCCCGCAAACCCACUAGUAACACCCCCUCACAUCAAGCCAGAGUGGUAUUUCUUAUUUGCCUACGCUAUUCUACGAUCAAUUCCCAAUAAACUCGGUGGUGUCCUAGCCCUAUUAUUCUCCAUCCUAGUCCUAAUAGUAGUGGCCUAUUCUUCACACUUCAAAACAACGAGGCCUAACAUUCCGACCAAUUACCCAAUUUCUCUUCUGAACGCUCGUAGCCGACAUGCUUAUUCUUACAUGAAUUGGAGGCAUGCCAGUAGAACACCCAUUUAUCAUUAUUGGACAACUUGCAUCCAUUAUUUACUUUACAUUAUUUCUAGUCCUAAUUCCACUGGCGGGAUGACUAGAAAACAAGGCAUUAGAAUGAGCCUGCCCUAGUAGCUUAGCCACAAA